AUGUCAUCUCAGUGCAUCUGUCUCUGUUUCCCCAGGUUGGCCCUUCUGAUGGACAAAUUGUGUCUCUAUCUGAUCAAAUCUAGCUUCCAUGGCGACGAAGUCCACUCACAUGUUUUCGUGAUCCUUGGCGCGUCGGGCGAUCUCGCGCGCAAGAAGAUCUACCCUACAUUGUGGUGGCUCUACCGGGAUCGUCUUCUACCCCAAAAAACUUUUUUCAUCGGUUAUGCUCGUUCCGAUAUCACUGUUGAUACUAUUAGGGAGAAGUCGACUCCAUACAUGAAGGUGAAUGAAAACAAGACAGAGGAGGUGGAUCGUUUCAACAGUUUUUGGAAAGACAACACGUAUUUAAGGGGCAGCUACACGGAGACUAAGGACUUCGAGGCACUUGAUAGAACAAUUGUAUCAAACUAUGGUCAGUUGGUGAACCGAAUCUUCUAUUUGGCCCUGCCGCCCUCAACUUACAUGUCUGUAUCCUCACAUUUGGCGAAAUGCUGCAAAAGCCGACACCCUGAUGUUUGGACUCGUUUAAUCAUUGAGAAGCCCUUCGGGCGAGACUUGGAAUCCGCACGCAAGCUCUCCUCCCAUCUGACCGGCCUGUUCCAAGAGCAGCAAAUUUUUCGUAUUGACCACUACCUGGGCAAGGAGAUGGUGCAAAACUUACUCAUCCUAAGAUUUGCAAACAUGAUAUUCAGCCCAUUGUGGAACCGUGAUCACAUUAGCAACGUGACGAUCUCCUUCAAGGAACCUUUUGGAACCUCUGGUCGCGGUGGAUAUUUCGAUGAUUUCGGCGUCAUUCGCGACGUACUUCAGAAUCACCUCAUCCAAGUUCUUGCCCUCCUCGCCAUGGAAAAGCCUCUUUCUCUGAGUGCUGAAGACAUUCGCGGCGAAAAGGUGAAGGUUCUGCGUUCCAUUAAGCCCCUCACUUUGGACAAUCUUGUGGUUGGUCAGUACGUCGGCAACCCUGACGCCGAAGAUGAGGAGGGCAAGCGGGGCUAUCUUGACGACCCCACUGUCCCUAAAGAUUCGAUCACACCGACUUACGCCUGUGCAGUUCUCUACAUCUCAAAUGAUCGCUGGCAUGGUGUUCCCUUCAUUCUACGUGCAGGAAAAGCUCUGAAUGAGCGCAAGGCAGAGGUGAGGAUCCAAUUCAAGGACAUAGCCUUUGACAUUUUCGGCACCGAUGCCCAAGGGGACGUUUCGGUUGCGCGCAAUGAACUUGUAAUCCGUGUGCAGCCUGGUGAGGCGGUCUACUUGAAGUUAAUGACCAAACAGCCUGGCAUGGACUUAAUUCCUGAACAAACAGAAUUGGAUCUCACCUACUCUCAUCGAUAUGAGCAUCUUAAGCUGCCGGACGCCUACGAGCGCCUCCUGUUGGACGUCUUCUCGGGCUCGCAAACCAAUUUUGUCCGAUUUGACGAACUCGAUGAAGCUUGGCGAAUUUUCACUCCUGCUUUGCAGGAGUUGGAAAAGCAGAAAAUUAAGCCAAUCCCCUACGUACACGGCAGCCGAAACGGGCCACCAGAGGCGGACGAAUUGAUGCGUCGUGUGGGCUUCGUGUACUGGAGCGCCUACCACUGGACUAACAAGGGGCCCAAAAAUUAA